AAGAUGAAGUAUGUUGGAAUAAUCUGGUGGAUAUAUUUACUAUCUAUCUACAUGCGGAUUGCGCAUGCGGAGCAAAGUUUGUCAUUAUCUACCAUUGAAGCUCAAUUAAAUGGUUCAGUCAUUAAGGAAUUUCAUUCUAGAAAGCGAAAUGCCUUGCGUUUGUACGCCGAUUGGGGUAGGCUACACCAUGGAUACAAACAAACCGUUGAAGCAGCAGUGCCACUCAACGGGCUACCAAAAUGAGUUUCCUUGGGUGGCUAUUAAGAAGAGGAACCGUCUAAUCGAAGAACCACGGCGUUAUUUAAAGGAUCUACGUAGUGAGAUGUAUGAAAAGGCGGAUGCUGAGAAAUGCCAUCAGCCGGAAAUGAGGAAUGUUCAGGACUUUCUCGAGUGCCAAGUGCGCAGGCAUAUGCGACUGGAGUUGCUGAUUCCCAAGUAUCCCAAUGUGCCUUAAUAAGUUCGAAUUAAAGCGAAAAACAAUGCAAUU